GAUAACUAAUAUACCUUUAUGAAAAGUAAACUUCUAUUUGGUGUUUAUACAGCAUGCAUUAGCCUGACAAUAUUCUGACGAAGUCCGCAGUAGAUGCUCUUAAUUAGUGCAAAUUAAAGUUGCUACCCACAUCAUUCGUAGGCAUUCAUCCUUCCCUGACCCUUAUAUAAACACCCAUACAUGAUAAUACCUUACAUAAGUUGUGAUAUUUAGCGCUACAACAGAGAGCUUUCUGAGAACAUAAAUGGAAUUUAGAAAGUGUUAUCUUGAUCUGGUGUUGGUACCCUUAUCGUUUUUGAUAACUAUCGUUUAUCACCUGUGGUUAUGGCAUAAUGUUCGAAAUCGACCACUUUCAACUGUUAUCGGUGUUAAUGCUCAUGGACGCCGCUUAUGGGUAUCCACCAUUAUGAAGGAUAAUGACAAGAAAAACAUCUUAGCUGUUCAAACAAUCAGAAACACAAUCAUGGGAUCAACCUUAAUGGCCACCACGUCAAUACUACUGUGUUCUGGCUUAGCAGCAGUUAUCAGUAGUACUUAUAGUGUCAAAAAGCCACUUAAUGACACUAUAUAUGGGGCACAUGGAGAAUUCAUGGUGGCAUUGAAAUUCAUUAGCCAAGUGAACUAUUUGAUCAACUGCCCACAAGAUUCAACAAUUGUGACUUCUACAUAUGUGUCGGAGCUUUUGGAGAAAAGUUUCACUCUAAAUGCAGCCGGAAAUAGGAUUUUUUAUUCAGCGAUCCCAAUUGUGCUUUGGAUUUUUGGUCCUGUGCUUGUGUUUUUAUGUUCGUUGAGCAUGGUGCCUAUGUUAUAUAACCUUGACAUAUUGUUUGGAAAGUCGAAGAAAGGAAGGAAUGGUGAGAUACCAAAUGAGGUGUAG